AUGCCACCACACCCCAUCAACCUCCCAUCCCUCUUCACCACCGCCCUCUUGCUCCUCCUCACCGGCGACCACCCCUGCCCUGCCCUUGCCGCCGUCCACUCCCUCAUCUACGUCGCGUGCUCCCCCAAUAAGUACCCACCAAACGCGCCCUACGAAACGAGCCUCAAUUCCCUCCUCUCCUCCAUCGCCGCCUCUUCCUCCGAUGCCCUCUACAACCAUUUCUCCUCCACGGCAGAGCCGCCGCUGUCAACAGGCGGCUCUGCACCGACGGCAACUUACGGCCUUUAUCAGUGCCGAGGCGACCUGACGCACAGGGACUGCUCCCUGUGCGUGGCCGACUUGCUCGGGCAGAUGACCCGACUCUGCCCGAGCGCGUACGGCUCGAGCGUGCAGCUCGAGGGGUGCUUCGUGAGAGAAGAAAAAGAGAAAGAGGAAGAAGAGGAAGGAAAAUCGAAAAAAGGAGAAAAGAAGAAGAACGAAGGAGAAUCGAAAAAGGGGAUAAAAUCAAAAGGAAGGAAGUAG